CCCUGAGGGCCAGGGCCAGGUAGGGGGCGGGAGAAGAAGGGGAAGGAGGAGUUCCAGGCUCAGCCUCUGAUGCCACAGUCUCCACGGCAACUCCCCCAGGCCAAGCCAACCGACAAUAGGCUGCUCUCCCAGGGGUGCUGCUGCUGCUGCUGCUGCUUGCUGGGCCGCCGCUGCUGCUGCUGCUGCUAAGACGGUUUGAAUCCCUCCUAGAGCCUAGGUUCUAAUGGCCUUUGGGCGCAGGCACUGUGUGAAGCCGUUCUGAAUGACUAGCACCAAGGUCAGGGAGAGCUCGCCCAAGGAGACUGCAGGGCUAGGCAUGGAGCACCUCUUUGUGGAGGAGGUGGCGGCGUCUCUGGUCCGGGAAUUUCUCAACAGAAAGGGCUUAAAAAAAACGAGCCUUGUCAUGGACCAAGAGCAUCCUCGAGGUGAACACAGUAUAAACAACAGGAAUGAGCUGCGGAAGGUUCUGCAUCUAGAGAUGCUCUAUAAGGAAAACAAGGUAAAGAAAAAUCCUCUGAAAACAAGCCUCGAAAUCAUUACCAGUUACUUUUUGGAUCAUUUUGGAAAGAACAGUUACAAUUUAAUACAAGAAACACCACUUUCUAUUGUUUCAGCUUCCAAGAUGAAUAACAAACUACCUUUGAAAUGCUCUGUGAAUUCUGCAGUGAAUAAUAAUAAUACAUGUGAGAUUUCACCUGACCAUGGAAAGAACAGGCAUGGUGAAUGUGACGGGGACAUGCUUGGUAACACUGCGUCCCCCAAGAGACCUCUGCAUAAAAGCAAAACCCUCAAGUCCAUUGCAGGAGAUGGUAAUUGUUCGCCCCCAGCCGGAAGGGAGACGAUCAUGGCCAGCAGCGUGGAGACCCCCAAAAUGGCAGAGCCUUCUUCAGAAGUGAAGAAAAUGGGAGAUGUCAGACUCAAGCCUGGCCUCUUGGCUAGAGGAAUUUUGUCUGGGCCCAUCACCAACUCGCAAGAGGAUCCCCUCAGAAAACGUUUCCUGAGACGGUUGUCAGGACUGAACGCAGCGCAGAGCAGAGACCAAGACCCUCCCGAAUCCUUAGAGCUAUCCCUUACUGGCCACGUUCUGUCUGACGCCUCGGCGGCUAAGAAUGCCUCUUCCUUCAAAAAGUCCCUGGGCAGUCACAGCAGUCUGGACUCCGAGAAGCGGAAGAACCCGUCCAGCGCUUCUGACCCUCUCAGCAAGAUGCGCUUGGACAAAAACAGACUGAAAGACUUCCCGGAAGGCAAGGCCACAGUGAGCGAUACCGCCGAGAAGACUGGGCCAGAUGGGAGCUUGCUCUUUCCCUGUGGAAGUUCACAGCCUUCUCAGGGAAGACAGGAAAAGGCUUUCAAAUGGAAUCCUCAGUCGUUGGCCAACAGGACAAUCUCUAUACAUACCAUGCCUGUCUGUGUGAGUGAAGAGGCAGACGUCCUCACGCUCGAGGAUGUGGAAGAUGAAGAACUUUUAAAUGAAAACAUUGUACAGCCCUCAGCCCUGUCAACACCACUCCUGAAGCUGCGGGUGACGUCCAAGCCGAUGAGCCUCUUGGCAGCAAAGGAAAUAAAAACCGUUCUGUUUGGCUCAGCUCUUUGUGGCUUCAAUGAAGAAUGGAAAUUGCAGAAUUUUACGUUCAGUGAAAUGGCUCAGCUCAAAUAUGGCCUCGUGCAGAACAAGGGGGGGCCCUGUGGCGUUUUGGCAGCGGUGCAGGGCUGUGUCCUGAAAAACCUCUUAUUUGGAGGAGAAAGCAGAAGAACCAGCGUCCGGGAGCUCCAGCCUUCAGACGCCUACCGGACGAAUUGCCUCAUCACAGCCAUGGCUGACAUUCUGUGGCGGGCAGGUGGAGGGGAAAAGGCAGUUGUUACGUUGGCGUCAGGAAUGCAGCAGUUCAGCCCAGUAGGAAAAUACAAAGCGGAUGGAGUCUUAGAGAUGCUGAUACUGCACAAGGUGACAAAGUAUGAAGAUUUGGUCGUUUUCCUUCGACAAAAUAUUCAUCAGUUUCAGACUGGCCCCUCUGGAUGCAUUCUUCUGACCCUCUCCGCCAUCUUGUCCAGGUCCACUGAUCUAGUGCGCAGAGACUUUGACAUGCCCGCCAACUGCCUGAUCGGAGCCCACGGAUACUGCACCCAGGAACUUGUCAACCUGCUUCUGACUGGCAAAGCCGUGUCCAAUGUUUUCAACGAUGUGGUGGAGCUGGAUUCUGGAAAUGGAAAUGUCACCCUCCUCAAAGGAAUCACAUCUCGCAGUGACAUCGGGCUUCUGUCUCUGUUUGAGCACUAUGACGUUUGCCAGGUGGGCUGUUAUCUAAAGACUCCCAGGUAUCCCAUCUGGGUGGUGUGCAGUGAAAGCCACUUCAGCAUCCUCUUCAGCCUUCAGCGAGACCUCCUCAGUGACUGGAAAGUGGAGAGAAUAUUUGAUCUCUAUUACUACGACGGGCUGGCUAACCAGCAGGGGGAGAUUCGGCUGACGAUAGAUACAACCCAGCCUGUGCCCGGAGACAGAGAGAAGGACCUCGUUCCCCCCCUAGAACACUGCAUCCGCACCAAGUGGAAGGACGCGUUCGUGGACUGGAACGGUACAGAACCCAUCCUGUGAGCCCAGGCUCUGGCAGCCCUGGCCCUCUACUUGCUGGAUGAUUCUAUUUCCCCACCCCUGCCAAGCCACUGAGCUCCUGCCGAGGGGCAUUUACAGAUAUUCCCUCACGUUUUCUUUUGUGUCCACCUCGUCCAAGGGAUCCAGUCCAUCCCUCCUCAAGCUGCCUGCCUCCUGCCAUUGUCUCCAAAGGUCUGGGGAAGGAGGGGCCCCCAGGCGCUGACUCGCCACCUUGCUCCCUCAUCCCCAGGAAAGACACGAACGGCCUGCCCAGAACAUCCCAUGUUGCUCCUUUUCUGUCCCGGUAAAGCAGGGGCUCAGA